GAUCUGUUCGCAAGCCUCGAGCAAACGCCGCCAGUGCCUCUAAAGGAGCCUGAAGUCGGCAUCUUUCAAUCUCUGUGGGAGAUCGCGUUCCCCAAAGAGAUCGACUGGGACGAUGCAAUGCACAAGGAUCGAGGCAUCACCGCCGUCGCACCGCUUAGCUCCCGUUGGAACGACCCCUUCUCAGACGAGAAGAUGCGAAACGGGCCCAUUGCAAGUGGGAAUGCUCAUGGGGACUUCUACCUCCUUGACCUCUACGGUGGUGAGGAUGAGAUGGGCACGGCAGUGAUCAAAUGCUCUUACAAGCGGAUCAUGAAGCUUCACGACGGCAUGAUUAACGACCUGUCAGUUGGAGCCCUCUACAGCAAAGAAGAGGAAGAAGGCAACACUUUCGAGAUUGCGACGGCGGGCGAGGAUUCCAAAUGCAAG